UGUGGCGGUUGUGUGUGUAAAUUUUAGAACAUGAUGAUACCGUUUCUGACGUCCUCGACGUCGUCAUCGAAAUCAGUAAAAGUCGUUUCGUCGAUAUUCGGCGCAUCGCAUCAUCAAAUUUCUGCACCAAAAACGUGAUAACGAUUCUGCACAAAAGAAUCGUGAUCACCAAGAACGACGCGCCGGUUUUGAGAGCGCGCUGUGUGACGUGUGUGCUUCGGUGUUUUGGUGCUUCAUCGAAAAUUUCCUAAUUUUUGGUGAUCAUUUGUACUGGUUUUACCGCGACUUAGUGCUAAUCUCUCACAAGAACCUUGGAUAAUUUAAAUCGCUCCGACUCUGAGAAGACUAGCCAGAGGCGAAAUUCCGAGAAUCAACAGGUGGGAUCCUGAGGUUUUACAAACAGGUGCAUCCCGGAUGGCGGGGACGUUGGUUACACGAUGACGGAGCUGCAACCGUCACCACCAGGUUAUCGCGGUCAGGAUGAGGCCCCAGGCCCACCGUCCUGUUCUCCAGGCUCUUUCAAGUACUCGAAUCACGGCCACUUGUCCCAGGUUGCCAAUUACAAAGGCACCUCGUCGUAUCCUCAGGAGGGCUAUAGCCUCAAGAGCUCGUCUCGUCCGAUUCCUUCUAGCGAAUACUAUCGGCGGAGGAACGACAAUUCUAGGAGGUCCGCGGACAACGACAUCGACAACGAGAAUCUCAAGAAGGCCACGAAUACCGGUUACAACGAUGGUUACAAGAAGAAUACUCCGGGCUAUAAAAACGACAGCGGAUACAGCGAAAGUGUCGGAUUCGACAGUUUCAGCCUCCCUCUCAACGAGAGGGACGAAGCGUCGCCACCACCAACGCCACCAGUCAGAGACGCUUCCAGCCUCAAAGGUGUCUGUUACGGGCCGGGACACGAAAAAUAUCCCUCCUGGCCCAGCGUUCCAGAACGACACUCUGAAGAGGAUAACCACACUUCCACAUACAGUGGAUCCCACCGCUCCAAGUCCUGGACCGAUCACACAAACUACCCUAAGGAAAAGCCAGCACAGUACACCAGGCCUCACAUCAAAAGACCCAAUCCCACAUUCACCCAGCAGCUAAAGACGGUGAUGGAACGUUGUGAGAAGAUACCAGCCGAGACUUUCGAGUCACGGACUAGAAGCAAUCCGGAGGAAGAAGCAAGACUGUGGCCUCGUGUAGAUCGCGAAGGCAAACCUCUGGGCGAUUCUGACUACGUCGUCCCAUCGCCACCUGAAAGAGAGCAACCACCGACUCAGACUCUCAGUCACGCUGAUUUAGAAGCCUACGUCAGAAGCUAUCAAGAUCCUCAAACGCCUCAGGUGGACAUCUACCGUGAGACGACCUUGACACAAGCGGGCCUCGAAGAAUACACGAGGGUGCAGCAUUCUCAACAAGCUAGCUACGCACAAUCGGAAGGUUACCACAGCUAUGUCUCCAGUGUGGACUCCACGACAAACACGCCAUUUCUCGACAGAUUACGAAGGGACAGUGAAGUAGUUGCUCAGAGACCAACACCAAACUGGGAUGAGGGUUCAAGAGAGGGCAGAGACAGUGUGGUAACGACUUCGAGUGGCAGUGCCUCUAGUAGCGAAACCCUCAAAUGGCACGGAUCCAUGUCUGAUGUGAGUGUUUCCAGUGGGAUGCCGACCAGACAAGUGAAUGCUGACAGGUGGCAUCACAGUUCCAUGUCGGAUGUGAGCAGCGUGAACGGUGGUAUUCCUCCUCAACAAUCUAGCCACGGUCAUGACAAAUGGCAGGGGUCUAUGAGCGACGUCAGCACCACUGACGUGUCUCCAACGAAAGUUCGACACAGCGAGAAAUGGUCCGACAAAUGGCAAGCGUCGAUGAACGAGCGAAAUAAGCAAAGUGGCAAACCGAGUUUGCAACCUGUGAUUGGCCUCUGCUCCUCGAGUAUGGACGUAUGCCAAACGAAUUCAAGUGCGAAUCAGGAAGGCAAGUGGCAGGAAUCGAACAUUGAUGAGGAUAGGGUAGAAAGGUCUAAGAGUUUGCAGUGGGAUCAGUCAGAGAAGUUCUCAGGGAUCCAACAAAUGGCUCAGAGUUCUGUGAGAUCGCAAGCGGCGCCUACAAGUCCUCAGAAUCAGGAUUGGAAUCCUCUUCAUGGAUCCAUGUCGGAUGUGAGUCUGGUUAAUGGAGUUCAGGGCAGUAAACAGCUGAUUGCUCACAGUGCCAGGGUCCAAACGCCUCAAAGACAUUAUUCUGAAAGCGUGCUCUACCUGGAUCGUGAACGUGGUCAGAGGAAAUUGUAUCCCGUGAGCAUAACUCAUCCAGCUGAUCCAACUUCAAGGAUCACGCCUACUUCACCGCAGCAACCGCAGUUGUCAGUCGCGGAACGAAUCAGUGAAUUGGAAAAGCAGCAGCAGCAACAUCAGAUGCGCUACACAUAUUUGGACCCUGAUAAGCGGCACCGAGUCUCGGAUCCAACUCUCAAGGCCAUUCAGAAGAAAGCCCUCCUUUCGUUUUACGAGAGGCAUCACCAACCUUCAUCAUCUUGGAGAUCUGAACCUCAGCUCACGCAGGGAUCAGUAGCAGCUCCACAGAGUCCGCCACCUCAACCUCCGCCGAGACCGAGACCACCCUCGUCGAGGAGGGCAAGUUCUGCUUCGGAUUAUGCGAGUGGGAACUGGCGAGAGAAAAUCAUGAGAGGUCAAGGUGGCUCAGACCUUCCGAGUCCGAAACACCAGCACAGCAAUAGCUGCGGUAGUCUUUCUACCGAUUUGAUGGGUCCUGUGAUAGUGGGUCCGGCUAUUUGUGUCGACGAUUGGGUCCCGGAAAGGCCACCGAAGAAACCCCAUUUGAGGAACGUUUUUAACGACCGAGUUCCAAGUCCAGACUUGCCACCACCCUCGCCUCCAACUGUUACUGACCACGAGGUCCUCAAUUGCGACGAUCCUCUGCCGCCACCACCUCCUGAACUUAGCGACGAUUGUCUUUCGGACUGUAGUCGCAAGGAAGCCGACGAGAUUAAAAAGAAGGAAAGAGAUAAAUCUUGUGACAGACAGAAGUCAGAAAGGCGCUCCUCGGUCCGGAGAUCCAAACACGGGAAGCGUGAUCACAAGUCUAAUUCUCCCACAUCAGCUGUCGCAAAAAGUAAACCACUCAACCCAGAGCAACAUAGAACAAAUUUCCAGAAUGUCAAUUCGGAUAUCGUGCUCGAAAAUGGAGCAUCCACAGGCUUCGCCACACAGAGGAUGGUCAUUGGUAGAUCCAGUCUCAGAUAUCCUUCAACUCAGAAGCUUAUGAUGAACGGGAGAGUCGCUCCAGUUAGAAAAUUGUCCGAAGACCGGAUCCUUCCUGCUAAACCACCUGCACAAUUGCCCGACCUGAUCUCCCAAAGAUACAGUGACUCGGGAAAUCAGCGACCAGCUCCUCAGGUUCCUGUCGAAACAAGGAUCAUUCGCCAGGAGUCGAUGAGGGUCGAAAGCACCAGAACUGACGCCUCCGGCUUGAUCAGAAGCGACACCAAUCGCCUAGAGUCUUCCUCCGGCCAGAGACCACAACCGCAAGUUCCGAAAAACGGGGACAAGACUCAGCAGCCGGUGCGACCUAAUCAUUUGCCAAUUAUGGAGAAUUCGAAGAACGUUGCUAAGAGCCAGGACAACGGCACUCACAGUUUCUCAAUCAGUAAUCCUUUGAAAACCGGAUAUGAGGCCAACUCGAAACAUUUCCCCUCGGAGGGCAGUCCUCAAAAGUAUCACGAACCACCAAAGUACGUCCCUAAUCAUCAUCCUCGUCAUGGAGCAUCAACGCAGCGAAACUAUUACGCCCUGCCACCGAAAUACGUGGAUCCGUCAAAGCAAAAACCACAACCUCAAUGUCCGUCUGAAAGAUUCAGCUCGGGAUCGUCAAGUUCACCACCACCGCCUUUGGCUCCGAGACAAAAUACCCCUGGGAGGAAAUCCUUGCCACCGCCACCCCGACCCGCACCACCGCAUUCAGUUCACGGGAGCCAAUCAAAGGCAUCCUAUCUGGCCUGCCGUCGUGAACGAGGCGUUCCCGACAACGAGGGUAGUUACAAAAGAACAAUGUCACCCACAGCUCGCCUGGACGAUUGGCCCCGAGACCGGGACGACCCGGUUCUCCUGCGAGUGACACCUCACCAUCCUAACUCCCUCAACCACCAUCAUCACCACCAACAUCACGAACUCGCCAAAUCCCACAGCGUGGAUGCCCUUCACCAACGCAUAGAAGACCGAACAAAUAGUCACUCGGUUGAAGUAAUCGGCAAGCUCUCUCAAGAUCUCACAAAGAAGCUCCAAAUUAACGAUACCCGUUCCCGAACCGAGAACAACAAUAACGACAACCUGGAGGACAGAUACCAUCAAGAAAAGAGGGAGAGACUCUCGCCCCAGAGUAUUGAAGUCCUCAACGACCGGAACCGGCAGCUGGAACGAGAACGCCGGAAGUUGGCAGCCAGUUGUGAACCCCAAGUUCGCCUUGAUGGUCCCCUUUCUUCUCCCGGAGAUUUCUAUCGCGAGCGGAGCGCAACGAUCGAGAUGACCUCGCAAAAUGUCGAGCUUCUUAACCGCAGGAACGCGGGCAUCGAAAGAAGAUCUAUGUCCACGACAACAACCACGACUGCCUACCCAACCACUGAAACCAACUGGUCCAGAAGUUCCGAGAUCAACGACAUCGAUACGAGGCCUGGGGGAAAACCUCCACCUCCUUCGUGUUCACCACCGAGGUCUCCAAACCCAGAAAGUCCCAAGUCAAGAUCGCCGAGAGGAGCUGUUCCUCGAAGAACGGGGAGCUGUUCGAGUUCCGGUUCUUCAUCGAGAUCUUCGGACUUGAGAAUCUCACCGAGCACUUUGCCUUCGAGGUUUUCUCCGAAAACUCAUUCGCCUUUGGAUUCCCCGACGAGAAAUGGUCUAAGAUCGCCUAGCGAGUCCUUCCCAGGAAGGAAGGUCUCGAGUCCGACCCAGACUGACAACACCGGGUUUUUGGACAAGACGAAUUCGCCGAUCAGCACGAGGGUUAGAAGAGCAGAAUUUAUUGCCAGGAGGUCUUCAUCAUCCAGGUCGAGAAUCAGUAAUGCGUCGUCAGUGUCUUCGACUUCCAGUGCUUCUACUGCCUCGAAGGCUUCCUCGUCCUCAUCUCCGAGGACCUCACCCGUCCAAGACGCCAUUAAUUCGCCUUGUGUCUCGCCUCAACCUGGCAUUGAGGGGCUGACCUUGGUUCAAAGAACGGAGGUGGUUCUGCGGGUUAACGCUGCUACUAGUGAUGCAGCUUCGCAGACUGAGCUUCUGGAGGAUCAGGAGGAUCGGUUACGGAACAAGGAAGAGAUUCUUCCUGAACCGAGGAAGAAGCUGCCGGAGGAAAUUGAGUGCGAGGAACUCAGCAGAAACCUUGCUAGUCAACUCAGUCCGAAUGACAAGCUCGUUCCAAUUCUUGUUCCAGUGCCAGAACACAAAAAACCAACAGACUACGUUUCCGGUCUCUUCAGGGUGGAAGCCACAUUGCAACCUCGACCAAGACGAACACUCUCCCUGGAAGAGCCUCCUUCGCGUGUCGAUAAUGAAACCGAAGAGGAGAGCAAAACCGAGUCAGCACCUGCAACACCAGUUACAACGAUAACGGAUCCCAGCAGUCCUCUUUCGCCUACGUCUUCCUAUUUUACGAGCUCAGAGGGCAACGCAAAAUUUUUUACGAGUUAUUCGCAAGACGUGUCUGAAGAAGCUGCACCCACGAAGGAUGGAACUACUCCAGUUAUCAUGGACAAUAUAGACCUCAGGCAAAAGAAGGAGGAGCUGAUGAUCAGACUGGACAAGAAACUGGUAGUUCUCAGGGCUGAAGAGGAGGCGGUCAGAGAAGAGGGUGACUUGAACGAGGCAUUAGGAGCCCGUGUCGCUAAACGAGUAUCAGCUGUGGCUCGUCCUGCGGAGGCAUCCAAGUAUCGGCUGCACGUUGAGGAAGUUGGCAAAAUUACCAGUCUUCUUCUUGGACUCAGCGGCAGACUCGCUCGGGCAGAGAAUGCCCUUCAUGGAAUGUCAGCCGACCAUGCCGAGAGAAAAGUCUUGGAGAGCAAAAGGGACAAACUGAUGGAUCAGCUUGAGGAAGCGAAGAUUCUAAAGAGCAACAUCGACAAGCGCAGUGUGAGCGUCUCGGCGAUUCUCUCCAAGUACCUGAACGACGAGGAGUUUGCCGACUACCAGCACUUUAUCAACAUGAAGGCGAAACUGAUAAUGGACGGCAGGGAGAUCCAGGACAAGGUGAAACUUGGAGAGGAGCAGCUGGCUGCCUUGAAGGAAGCGAUCGACUAACACUGAUUGAUGCUUUCAAGUCGAAUCACCAGAGCUGAGAAAGCCAAAGGCAUACCAAUGGGCCAAUCACUCGAUAGAAGCAUUCAAAAGGGCAUAAAAAAGACUAACUUGUACUCUUUAGAACUUCUCAGUGAUUUCAUACCACGUAGUGAUCCUUAUUCCGAAUCCAUAUAGACCAAGAACAAUGAAACGUGUCUGGUGCGUUCGAGAAGCCUUUUUACCAAGACAUUUUAUGGAGAUUUUUUUAUGAGUUUCUUUUACCUGAAGUUUUACCAGUUGAAUGGUUGGCUUUUUAUAUUUAUGUCUUUAAGACGUCAUACGUUCCCUGCUUGUUGCAAGGUCACGAGGGUUCACGAUCUCGAGUGCGAUUUGCGAUUGUCAAGCGUAAACCCAAUGGAACCUUGAAUGCCUAGUCCUUUUUAAGCAAGCAUCGUCCUUACUCAACCAGUGAGCCAUAUCGUGCGUCGCGUACUCCAUGCCAAUCGGCAACGAGAAGAUUGAUGCUGAUAAGGGAGCGUUCAUUAAAUCGAUGGGACUUUUUCGGAAAAUCUUGCGAAUCCUUACUUGGAAUUGGGAUUUCUCUUUCUUAUUAUUUAAAGAACAAGAAGCUAAUUACCACCUGUUUUGGCCGUUGAAAUUACUUUUUAUAGGAUCAGAUUGUUGUGUGAAUUUGAGAUAAUAUAUUUUUUAUAUACUGCAUACAAUUCUAAAAAAAUGUAGUCAAUUUUAAAAAAUAUAUGAAUAUUUCCCUUGUGAAAAAAAAUAUUCUUGAAAAAGUAUCUGAACAAUCAGAAACAAUCAAAAGAAUUGCAGUGGCAAAAAUUUCUGACCAUCUGCAAUUUUGAAUACUUUUUUGGACCGUUAUUUAUAAUGUUAAAACACGGUUUAAAUAAUAUUUUAUUUUAUGUUUCCUCCAACCACUAGCACAAUUUUUAAAGAAUAAAAACUAUUUUAUUCAGUUUUUCCAAAAUAGUCAUUGAUAUAGAAUGUUUUCUAUAUUUUUUAAAGCAAUACUUAUUGCAAAAAAAAGAUUUAAUGCUCGAGUUAUGGAAGUUAAAUCGUGUAUUUUUUUGGCAGGAAGUUCAAACCAAGAUUUUGUUAUUUCCAGAAACAUUACGAAAAUUAAAUACAAUAU